AUGUCCAUUAACCAUGUGCUGUCGGGGUCACUGCCAGCACCUCUGCUGCUUGCCGGUUGCUUCCUGACAGCGAACUCGCUGACGCAGACUGCACAGCUGCGGGGGGAGAAGAUCUUGGCAUUGCCAGACUCGCCUUCUCCUGCAUCCUCUCCAGCUCCGGGAGACGCACCCACGGAGCAAGAUUUGAGAAGCUAUUCAGGCGACUGGCUCUUCCAUGUCCGCACCACAUCCUGCCACGGUGACAUCUUUGACAAUGGAACCUACACCAUUACUUCGCGCGUCUUCUUGCCACUGCUCUAUGGCGUCUGUGUUGUCCUGAUAGCUUCGACGCGGCACGUCCGGCAGUCUGCAGGGAAGCCGUGCGAAGCAGAGGGUAGCGAGGCCACUGCGGCUAACGAACGCGAGGAAGGGGAAGGGAAGCGGCUAUGGCAUGUGGAUUUCGCCCGGAUAUGUGCAGUCAUGUGUGUGAUCUUUGAGCAUUGCGGUGGGGAAACUUACACCCACCGCAACGUUGGCUUCGGCCUGUGGUGGGCCUUGCCGUAUUUAUACAUCACAAGCGGCAUGGCUUCUAUGAUUUCGAAAUCCAGUUUUGGGGGUUACAUCUUUCGGCUCUUCGCUGUUUUCGCGGCGGGCGUAUCUGCUAACCUCUUCGCCGAUGUGCUGAAGCAUCGCGACUGGUUGCACGACUUCGGAAACACCAUCUUUCAGAUGUUCUUUGUUGUCAUGCUCCUCAUCAUGGCUCCGCUUGCGGAGCCCUUGCGCCAGGCGCUACGAUCGCGGCAGACAAAUUGCAAAGCAUCUGGUUUCACCAUUGCAUUUGCCAUCUUCUGGGGAGCCGUAUCCGCUGUGGGCCUUGCCUCUUUCGUUCGUGGCUACACGGGAGAUUCCCCAGACAUUGUCACACAAACUUUUGAAGGGGAAGAGGUGUCUCGCUGGAUCAAGCUUUAUGCCCCCAUUUUGCGCCACACCCCGAUCAUUCUUGUGCAUGUUGGCGGCACGCUUUUCUUGGGCCUCUUGUCGACAAUUGUUUGCCACCCUGAAAACACUGGGCUUGUGGGCUGGGUGAUGUUGUUAUUCUCUUACUUGCAGAUGGUCAUAGUACCAUGGGAUCAAGACAGUUUUGCCCAUUUGGUGAACCUGAACAUUGUCGGAAUGUUGACGUUUCAUUGGCCACUUGCCGGCAGCGCUGAAAUCGCGGCUGCAGUGAAAGCUUACUGGCCAUUUCUCCUCAUGUUCCUUUGCUUGGACUCAAUGCCAGACAUGUGGGGCCGUUGUGAUGUUCAUUCACCAUAUUCUACCUGGGAGAGGUUCCGCAUGUUCCUCGGGGAGUUGAUCUUGGUGGUCUGCUUCCUGGUAGGAGCAUUUGCUCCGUCGGACCCCAAGAAAAUCACUGCUUGGUUGGGACACUGGUCACUCUAUGCCUACUGCUUCCACGUAAUGUGGUAUCGACUGCUGGGCAGCCCCUAUGGAGCGAUUGUUACGUUUGCCGGGAUUCCCAUCUUCUGGGCAUGCUCACAGCGCACAGCGCCCGCAAGCUGA